CGUCUUUCAACAACCAUUGCAUAUCUCUAGCACUCCCUUAUUCGACGAAAUGGAGUUAACACGCAAGGCAAACGAGAAGGCCAGCAUGAAGGGGAAGGCAAAAGCCAACAAAAGCAACAGCAGCAGCAAAAACAACAGCAACAACAACAACAACAACAACAACAACAACAACAACCACAACUCGGCAGGGUGCCGUGGUGCCGCCGCCACCUCAUCCACAGCACCAAGCGGAGACGAGCCGCUCUUCUUCUUCAAGCCCGAUGAGGCGUACGGCGAGUUCUGCCAGUGGUACCCGUCCAACUUUUCCGUCGCCAAGGCGGAGAUGUCCCGGCUCGUCGGGCACCUCGUCGACGACGACGACCCGGAGGGCUGGGGCGUCGUCUACUUUUCGUGCGCCGAGCAGUUCAUGAUGUACUGCAAGGCGGGGCGGUUCCGGGACCGGGAAACGCAGGCGCGCGUCCUCGCAACGCGCGACCCGAAAGAACAGAAGCGGCUGGGCCAGGCCACGGCCGGGUUCCGGGCCGAGGAGUGGGACCCGGUCAAGAGCGCCGUCGUGAUCGCGGGCAACAUGGCCAAGUUUGGACAGAACCGGCACCUGAGGGACGUGCUUAUGGGCACGGGAGACCGCCUGCUGGCCGAGGCCGCCUCGCACGACCGCGUCUGGGGCAUCGGCUACACGGCAAAAGUGGCCGCGCAGCGGCCGCGGGAAAGCUGGGGGGAAAACAGGCUGGGGCUGGCCCUUAUGGAAGUCAGGGAGCGGCUGCGGGAGGAGGGCUGACACGGGCGCGCUACUCGGUGGUAUUGUUUGUGUUUGUAGUCCGGCAAACUUUGACGUCACAAAGGCCUCGCCCGAGUUCGAACCAUACUUUGGACUCGGCCACCGCCACAGCGUCACCUUAAAUCCUUUGCCAUAAGUUACUAGCAGCCACCCGGAAUUUUAAAUCACGAUAAUCACCCGGUAACUGGGCACGUACGGCACGCUAGCCAAAAAAUAACUAGGACAGUUAAAAUUUGGCCUACCAUACGUUUCGCCAGGGGGACCUCAAUUAGUAAGACACCGGGUUUACAACAGUGUUAAUUUUAAUGUAGUUUAACGAAUUCGGCU